CGCGGCGGGGCGGAGAUGGGGGGCCCGGGCUGCUCUGGGAAUAGUAGUUCCGUGGGGCACUCGUACCCGCGGUCCCGGCGGUCGCGCCACACCACGCCGCUGGGACACAGCGACUCCUCCGCCCGGACCCACCCGCCCCGCCGGGGCCGGUCGCGCAGGCGGGGGCGGGCCUCUGUGCCAUGCGGCCAAUCGAAACUGGGCCUGGAGGCUGGGGCGGGGCGGCCCCGGCGCGACGCCCGGAGUGGCGGUUGUUUCAAGAUGGCGGACGUGGCGGGCCCCUCCCGCCCGGGCGCGGCGGCGUUCUGGAGCCGGGACUUUUCUGAUGAAGAACAAUCAGUAGUGUAUGUUCCAGGAAUUUCUACAGAAGGAAAUACCAGAUCAAGACACAAGUUGAGUCCAAAAGCUGCUGUUAAACUUAAGACUUCCAAGGUUACUGCUGCUUCAGUCGCCAUGGAGUCAUUAGAAGGUGCAGGAGACUCAAUAGAUCAACAGAAUUUCUGCAGGGGAGGAGUAAAGAGUGCAUCAUUGAAGGAUUUAUGUCUCGAAGACAAAAGGCGCAUUGCAAAUUUGAUUAAAGAACUGGCCAGAGUCAGUGAAGAAAAGGAAGUGACUGAGGAGCGACUCCGAGCUGAGCAGGAAUCCUUUGAGAAGAAGAUCAGGCAGUUGGAGGAACAGAAUGAACUGAUCAUCAAAGAAAGGGAAGCUCUUCAGCUACAGUAUAGAGAAUGCCAAGAACUUCUAAGUCUCUAUCAGAAAUACCUGUCAGAACAGCAGGAGAAGCUCACCAUGUCUCUCUCAGAACUUGGUGCUGCUAGAAUGCAGGAACCACAGGUAUCCAAUAGGAAAAGCACUCUUCGGUCUUCAGCUGGGGAACUGGAUGGCUCCUACUUGAGUGUAGCCAAAUCACAAACUUGUUACCAAACCAAGCAGAGGCCUAUGUCUGCAAUCCAGGACUCUGCUUCAGAACCCCUUGUGGAGUUUAGGAAUAAUUCUUUGAAACCAGCAGACUUUCACUAUCCCAAAAAGGAUCUAGACAGGGUGCCAUUAGAGACCAGAACGUGUGAUUAUGGAUCCCCUGGGAAAAAACUAGUAGAUGCAGUUCCUACAGAGAAAGCCCCACCAGCGGAAUUGAAGAUGAAAGAAUGCCAACACCUGAGGCCUACUCCAUCCAGUCAGUGUUGUGGUCCUAGACUUUCUGAAAACAAUGAUCAUGUUCAUGAAAGUCAGCCUACACACAUGGCCCCUCAAUAUUCCAAAACACAUCUGGAAUCAUGCAGUAAUUGUGGGAUUUCCUGGGCAUCCCUGUUGCGUGGUCAAGGGACACAGCAGUCUAGUGAAACUGAUGUCAAAAAGCAACUCUCAGAAAAUAGAAGGCACCAACUUAUGCUUCAGAAAAUGGAGCUGGAAAUCGAAAAAGAGCGCCUUCAGCAUCUGCUAACCCAGCAGGAGACAAAGCUUCUCCUAAAACAGCAGCAGCUUCAUCAGUCUCGACUGGAUUAUAAUUGGUUAAGAAAUCAAGCUGUAUGUAAGUCAAGAGAACUUGUUGCCACUAAAGCCCAAGGACUCAAUCUGGAUAUGAAUGGGGAUGACUCUGGACCAAGUCUAUUGAAGUCAAAAUAUGCUGACUCGCUGCUGGGAGCAUCAUCAUCCAUCAAAAAGUACCAGGAGUCCACUAACAGUGGCGAAAAUAGAAGGGAGAAGAAGACAGUUGGGUUUCACUCACAAACAGAAGAUGAUGCCCUGUGGACAUGUCAAAAGGAAGAUGCAUAUCGACCCCAGAGAGGGACAGUGGCAGGAGUUAGAAAAGAUGCGUCCACAUCUCCUAUGACAACAGGAAGCCAAAAGGAGCUUGUAACCAGAACCACAUCAUCACUGCAGCAGGACACUUCCCGGUAUGAGACAUCUCUGUUGGAUUUGGUUCAGUCUCUGAGUCCAAAGUCUGCUCCCAAAUCUCAGACCCAUCCAUCCAGAGAAGCUGGAGCCUGGAAUCACAGUACUUACCGACUCAGUCCUCGAAAAUCAAUCUGGAACAAGGUAGGGGCAGGCAGGACCCCUGAAGACUUGGAGGAGAAUCAAAUCCUGGAAGAUAUAUUUUUCAUUUGACAUUGAAACACAUGCUACAAAAUUUCCACCAGAAAUGUGUGGGCUUCUUUAUGUACUGAUAUAGGAUGUUAAAUUAUUUGAUGGCAAAGUAACUGUGUCUCUCCUAUACUAGCAUCCUGUUAUGUAUUGAACAUAGAAAUCAUUCUAUGAACCAGAGUGGUUUUGGUCAGACCAAUCAGUAGGUAACACAUUAAGGGGUUAUGGGGGUGGAGGGCGGUAUCUUUUCUAGGCCAAGCAGAGAUUAGAAAAUUAACAUAGGACACUUUCUACGUGCAAUGGCCUUGGCAUAUUCAGCCUGAUUCACAAGUGUUUCCUUCUCAAUGCUUUAUUGGAAAAGGUUGGCUUUCUUUUGUACACAAGGAAAACGUUUUCACUGAAAGAUCCCUCUGUUUUAAAAGUGGGCCCUUUGUAACAUAAGCAGUUUCAGAAAGACAGACCCUUUACGCCUCCACCUCUCCUUCACCUCUGUUCCCUCAGCGCCUGCCUCUAUGUACACGUGGCCACUGAAUCCCCUGCCCUCACAAGCAACACUGAGGGCCAGUUGUGAGUGGGUGUCAGUAGUCAUCUGCCCAGCAGCGGCCCAUCCCUUAACCAAGGGGCACAAUGGGCUAGAGGGAGAGAUUCACCCCACCCUUGGAAACCAAGGAAAUAAAACGGAGGCACAGACCUGAAAUGCUUCUCUUACCAUCCACCCAUUUCCCAGGAUAAAUAAGAGGAAUAACUCAGUACACUUUAUUGACCUGAGUGUCUAUAUUCUUCACUCUUUUGAACUGCCCAUGGCUGUAUCUGGGGAAGAUGUCGGGGCCAGAGAAGAGAAUCAGCUGCCGUGACUGAUAGGCUUUCCCUGGUCCUCCCUCUUAUCUAUGAGGAUCGAAGACCCUGGGUUGACCAGGCCUUUUAUAUGCUCUGCUCAGGGUUAUAGACCCGCUGUCCCAUGACCUCAAAGAACCAUCUCUACUUGCCAGGUUCUCCUCGACCACCCCAAGCAGAAUCUCCCCAUCCUUCCCACUGGGCUUCCAUUUGACCCAGAGAAGGCCUGUGGAAGAAAUAUCCUUGAGGCCUCGUUUCCUCUCUGUUCUCCUGUUCAGCAGGACUCUUGAGAUGGGUCCUUCAGCUUACAGUGGGCUCUGGUGGGCUCGCGUGCCAGUGGGCAGCACAAUGAGCCUGGUAGAGCCAGUGAGUUUACAACGUUUCAGCCAUUGGAAGCAAGGGGAAAAUGUGUUCCCAGAUGUGUAUACCCAAUGACUUUAUUUGAUCUGGAAGGUGCUGCUUUUUUUUUCCUCUCCCUUUCACCAUCCCCAGGCUUAAAGUAGGACAAAGAGUCUUUGUCAGUUAGUUAGGAUUGGUAGCCAAAGUCAGACCAUUCAGUGCAAACUGCACUUAGUGAGCCUGCAUGGUUCCCUGCAAUCUUUAUCAAAACCAGAUUAUUUCAUCCUACAAAAGCCUCGUUAAACAGAUUCCUCAUCUGAAUGGAUCUAAAUCUCAGUCUCUUCUUUAGGCUAAGGCCCUAUCAUCUCCAGUCAGCCUUCCUUUACUCGAGUCUUUUUGUUCUUUGGAAAAGAGAAGAAUGGAACUUACCAAUACCAUAUCCUUACUUUGAGGUCAAGAUUAACUAAUCUUAGGCAUUCAACUGAAAAGUUGAAAAAACAUUGCAGAUUAUGAUAUCCUUUUAAAACUCACCCCUGUGAAAGUAACUGAGUCCAUUUCAUCCCAUUUCAGAAAGGAUUUGGAAAAUUGAGUUUCCUUUGGUGUAGCAGAAUGGGUAGAAGCAAACUGAGAGCCCUCAGCCAUUUUCUCAAUUAAACUUAAGUUUCCAGAACUUUCUUUUCCUUGCCCCAGGUGUCAUAUGCACCUUAAGUAUAUUCGUCUCUUGGAUCAGCGAUAACUACACUCUACCAUUUGGACACUGGUGUCUUUAUAACUCUUCAGAGUAAGAGGGUGCCGGAAGGACCAAGAAAAGGAUUAUGAUUUAAGAAGCUUGUUUGGCUUUAGAAGAAUCAUAAAUGAGAUUUAAACUGAGGUCUUUUGGGGUGAGACUGUCACAUGCCACAGAUUUAAUUGCUUCUUUACUUCCCCCUGCAUGAGCAUUUUGGAAGAGCAAAGAUGGAUUCUCAGUAGAGCAUCAAUCAGCAUAUUUUUCAUAUGCUACAUUCCCCCACCAGCUGCCUUUCUCUAUCCUGUGGGCACUUUCUGUGUCUCAGGGCAAUCGGAUGUGAAUUUGUGUCUAACCCAGUAUCUUCCUUACAAAUUGAACCAUGUAUAUUAACAUCUUAAUCUGUCUUACGUUGAGAUACAUACUCGAGCCUGUUGUAGAGCCUGGAAGCUUGACCUAAUUGCACAUAUCCUACGGAAAGAGGGUCUGACACAGAGGGGUAUGCCUUUCUUCCUGGUUAAGUCCCAACAGUGACUGGCUCCCUCCAGCUGCUUUCUCAAAAGAAGUCUAGAUACAUAUUAGGGGAGCUGCAGAUACUGCCCCAACAUUGCCCCCCCCGCUACCCCCCAUCCUGUGAGAGAAAAACAAAUCAAUGUUUGCAAAAUGGUGCAAAGUAUGUCCACCAAAGCUCCCCACAAGGGCCCAAAGUGCCUGAUUUAGAAAACUAAGGUUAAUCAAGGAAAAACUUUUGCCGACAGUCAUCCUUCCUGGAGGUACGCUUGCGUUCAUCCAAACCUGCCCCAAGCCCCAUGGUGGGGACUUAGCUAGAAAACCUCAAACAUCAUGGGGAGGGAGGGGCUCUCUCCUUCAGAGCUGCCCUUUGCACUUGGCCCUGCUCCCAACACUUGGCUCCCAAGAGAGAAGGAAUAAGCCUAAAGGAGAGACUCGGAUGAAGUCUGUGGUCAUUAAUGAGAUGGAGACCACGGCAGACUCUUCCCAGCUCGUGCUUUCCCCUCACCUCAGUGAACAUUUUUUUUUAAUGUGGGCAAUUGCUUGUAUCUGUGAGAGAUUUUAAGUUAAUAAAUUAUCUCCAUGGCCGUUCUCUCCA